GUAUAAUAUUGCAAUUUAAAAAACAUGAUGAUUCCAUCAUCGGCUAGUAAAAUUCUCAUCGGCAUCCCUCUUGAUGCCAAUGUGAGUGUGGAUCUCCUUGGUUGGGCCAUUCGAGUCAUUGCUCGCCCCGGUGAUUCGAUCAUCGCAUUGCACGUUAUAGGGGCCAUGGAAAACAAGAACAAGAGACAGUCAGCCAGGAAACAGCAGAAGCAGUUUCGUCAGGCGAAAUCGUACGUUAUAAACAUUAUGGGAGAACUUGUCAAGACCUGUCGGUCUAAUGAGGUGAAUAUGGAAGCUAGAGUGGGAGCGAGCUCCAGUCCCGGUCGAGGCCUAGUAGAGGAGGCCCGAAACAUGGGUGCUGACUAUCUCAUCAUCGGCGGCACCCAAAGAAGAUCAAACAGGUUUUCUACAAUCUCCCACUACUGUUGCACCAAUGUUCCACAAGGUUGUUCACUAGUCAUGCUUCGUCCAACACAACAACCCAACCUUCCGGAAUUUGAGCACGAAUCCAGUAGCAACUGGUCGGAGAAGAAUUUAUCUACUGAAAAUUCCUUCUCAUCGGAAGAGAACGAGUCGCACGUGAAGUUGAAAAGGCCAUCGCCAAGAACGGUGCUUGGUAUAUGUGAGGAAGAUUUGGAUAGUGGAGAAAGCUCGGAUUCAUGUAGUGUUGCCAAAUCAACGGUGUCCGGGAGGCCCAAGUCCCCGUUUCAGAUUAUUUCGUCGCUAUUCCGGCCAUCGUUCGAUUGGAGAAUGGCCAAGAAGAAUCAGAAAGGGAAGCAUCAACCAAUGUUGAAAUGCUUCACAUAUCAACAAAUUGCAACUUCUACUAAGAGUUUUCACAAUGAUAAUUUGAUAGGACAAGGAGGGUAUUCGGAAGUUUACAAGGGGGUAAUUGGGGAUGGAAGCCAUAUUGCAGUGAAGCGUUUGGCUAAGGACAACAACAAUCCAACUAAGGAAAAAGAAUUUCUAAUGGAGUUGGGAAUUAUAGGACAUGUCAACCAUCCCAACACUGCUCAAUUGCUUGGUUAUUGUAUUGAAAAUGGACUUUAUCUCAUUUUCCAAUUGUAUCCAAACGGGACACUAUCGUCCGCCCUCCACGGACAAGCAAGCAACGGCCUAGAUUGGCCAACAAGGUACAGAAUAGUGCUAGGGAUAGCAAAGGGACUACAUUACCUUCACAAAUGCUGCAAACAUCGCAUAAUUCAUCGAGAUAUUAAGGCCUCUAAUGUUCUUCUUGGUCCAGAUAAUGAGCCCCAGAUAUCCGAUUUCGGGCUAGCAAAAUGGCUACCUAGCAAAUGGAGUCACCAUGCUGUGAUUCCAAUUGAGGGCACAUUUGGAUACCUUGCACCUGAAUAUUUCAUGCAUGGAAUUGUGGAUGAGAAAAUUGAUGUUUAUGCCUUUGGAAUUCUGCUUCUAGAGAUCCUAACAGGCCGACGUCCAGUCGAUGCCACCAGGCAGAAUUUACUUCUUUGGGCAAGGCCUUUGAUGGAAUCAGGAAAUUUACGAGAAUUGGCUGAUCCAAAAAUGAAAGGUAGAUUCCAUAUGGAGCAAUUGUAUAGAGUGGCUUUAACGGCGUCGUAUUGUGUGAGACAGUCUUCAAUUUGGCGACCUUCUAUGACUGAGGUGUUGCAAUUGCUAACGUAUGGUCAAGACUCAGAGGUGGGAAGAAGUAGCUGGAGAAUACCAAAAUUCACUAGUGAUGAAAUGGAUGAUUAUUCUAUGAUUUUUGGAUACAAACUUCCUUCUGAUUUAUCUUUGGAGGAUAUUUGAAUUCCAAAUAAUCUAUUAAAAUUCUUACUUAUUUACUAACCUUUACUUGGUUUUAACAUAUUUACUUGGCGAAGUUUGAGAACGGAGAUGAAUAAAUUUUUUUUCCUUUUCAUUUAAAAAUUUGAGUGGCUAGCUAUCGAUAGGGUUGGGUGUGUUUAUUAACAAAGACGAUGCAUUUAGGACAGGGUUAUUGUUCAUCUUGUAAUUUUCAAUUGUGUAUUUUUCUCUUUUAUUUUGUACUAAUAAUUAUUGUAUUUCGUAGAUAUUGUAAUGUAGAGAUGUUGUUUUUGAGAUGAAUAAGAUUCUAUUUCGUUGUCAUCCUA